AUGGGACGUGCUGCUUCACACAUUACACUAGAGUGUGCUUUACAAACUCAUCCAAACAUCACUCUUAUUGGAGAGGAGGUUGCUGCCAAGAAGCAGACUCUGAAAAAUGUUACAGACUACAUUGCUGAUGUGAUCUGUAAACGUGCAGAACUUGGUUAUAACUAUGGGGUAAUACUCAUUCCAGAAGGCCUUAUUGAUUUCAUUCCUGAGGUGCAGCAGCUCAUUGCAGAGCUGAAUGAAAUUCUGGCCCAUGACACAGUAGAUGAAGCUGGCCUUUGGAAAAAGAAACUUACACCCCCAUCUCUGCAGCUUUUUGAUUUGUUACCUCCAGCAAUUCAGGAACAGUUGCUGCUUGAAAGAGAUCCUCAUGGAAAUGUUCAGGUUGCCAAAAUAGAGACAGAGAAAAUGCUUAUUCAAAUGGCUGAAACUGAGUUGGAGCAGAGGAAGCAGGGAGGUAAGUUCAAGCCAGUGAUUAAGAAGGCAAUGGUUGCUGCCAAGAAGCAGACUCUGAAAAAUGUUACAGACUACAUUGCUGAUGUGAUCUGUAAACGUGCAGAACUUGGUUAUAACUAUGGGGUAAUACUCAUUCCAGAAGGCCUUAUUGAUUUCAUUCCUGAGGUGCAGCAGCUCAUUGCAGAGCUGAAUGAAAUUCUGGCCCAUGACACAGUAGAUGAAGCUGGCCUUUGGAAAAAGAAACUUACACCCCCAUCUCUGCAGCUUUUUGAUUUGUUACCUCCAGCAAUUCAGGAACAGUUGCUGCUUGAAAGAGAUCCUCAUGGAAAUGUUCAGGUUGCCAAAAUAGAGACAGAGAAAAUGCUUAUUCAAAUGGCUGAAACUGAGUUGGAGCAGAGGAAGCAGGGAGUUGUAAGUGAUGGCUUGACGGUGUUUGAGUUGUUCCAACUCAUGGCUGAAAAUUUAUUUGGUUUUACAGGUAAGUUCAAGCCAGUGAUUAAGAAGGCAAUGGUAGAGCUUGAUGGUGCACCAUUCAAAAAAUUUGCAUCCAUGCGGGAAGAGUGGGCCCUUAAGAACCGAUAUUUCUGUCCUGGUCCAAUCCAAUUUGUUGGCCCGGUAUCUGAUCAACUUAGUCACACCUUAUUGUUGGAGCUUGGAGCUCAAGCAUGA